AUGAACAUACCGCCACAACAACAGUCUCUGUCUCUCGUAUUUUUUCUGUCUCUCUGUCUUUCUCGUAUUUUUUCUGUCUCUCUGUCUUUCUCGUAUUUUUUCUGUCUCUCUGUCUUUCUCGUAUUUUUUCUGUCUCUCUGUCUUUCUCGUAUUUUUUCUGUCUCUCUGUCUUUCUCGUAUUUUUUCUGUCUCUCUGUCUUUCUCGUAUUUUUUCUGUCUCUCUGUCUUUCUCGUAUUUUUUCUGUCUCUCUGUCUUUCUCGUAUUUUUUCUGUCUCUCUGUCUGUCUCGUAUUUUUUCUUUCUCUCUCUCUGUCUCGUAUUUUUUCUGUCUCUCUCUGUCUGUCUCUCGUAUUUUUUCUUUCUCUCUGCGUCUCGUAUUUUUUCUGUCUCUCUCUGUCUCUCGUAUUUUUUCUGUCUCUCUCUGUCUGUCUCUCGUAUUUUUUCUGUCUCUCUCUGUCUGUCUCUCGUAUUUUUUCUGUCUCUCUCUCUGUCUCUCGUAUUUUUUGUCUCUCUCGUAUUUUUUCUCUCUCGUAUUUUUCUCUCUCUCGUAUUUUUUCUGUCUCUCUCGUAUUUUUUGUCUGUCUCUCGUAUUUUUCUGUCUCUCGUAUUUUUUCUGUCUCUCUCGUAUUUUUCUGUCUCUCUCGUAUUUUUUCUGUCUCUCUCGUAUUUUUUUUCUGUCUCUCUCGUAUUUUUUCUGUCUCUCUCUGUCUGUCUCUCUCGUAUUUUUUCUGUCUCUCUCGUAUUUUUUCUGUCUCUCUCGUAUUUUUUCUGUCUCUCUCGUAUUUUUUCUGUCUCUCUCGUAUUUUUUCUGUCUCUCUCGUAUUUUUUCUGUCUCUCUCGUAUUUUUUCUGUCUCUCUCGUAUUUUUCUGUCUCUCUCUCUCGUAUUUUCUCUCUGUCUCUCUCUCGUAUUUUUUUUCUGUCUCUCUCUCGUAUUUUUUUCUGUCUCUCUCUCGUAUUUUUUUCUGUCUCUGUCUCUCGUAUUUUUUCUGUCUCUGUCUCUCGUAUUUUUUCUGUCUCUGUCUCUCGUUUUUCUCUGUCUCUCUCUCGUAUUUUUUUCUUUCUGUCUCUCGUAUUUUCUCUCUGUCUCUGUCUCUCGUAUUUUCUCUCUGUCUCUGUCUCUCGUAUUUUCUCUCUGUCUCUGUCUCUCGUAUUUUCUCUCUGUCUCUGUCUCUCGUAUUUUCUCUCUGUCUCUCUCUCGUAUUUUUUUCUGUCUCUCUCGUAUUUUUCUCUGUCUCUGUCUCUCGUAUUUUUCUCUCUCUCUCUCUCGUAUUUUCUCUCUGUCUCUCUCGUAUUUUCUCUCUGUCUCUCUCGUAUUUUCUCUCUGUCUCUCUCUCUCGUAUUUUCUCUCUGUCUCUGUCUCUCGUAUUUUCUCUCUGUCUCUGUCUCUCUCUGUCUCUGUCUCUCUCUCAUUAACCCUAGAACACUAA